AUGAGAGAUAACAUGUUCGAUCUGGUUGACCCCCAAAGACGUUACCAACUCAUUGUUCCAGAGCGAGCACGCCGCUACCCUCCUCUCCUCAACGCCAUCUUGGCCAUGUCUUCCCGCCACCUGUGUCGCGUUGAGAGAUACAAAACACAGCAGGGAAUCGUCUACCGUGGCCAGCCUCUCCCAAAUCUCACACCCGGUUCAUCAGUUGAAUACAUGCUUAAAUGUAUCUCGGUUCUGAAAGAAUUUUAUACAACCCAAGACGGAGAGAUCCAAGAAUUGAUUGUCACAACCGCUGUGAUACUGCGUCACUAUGAAGAACUGGACGACCAUAAUCAAGACACUGGAUCUGAAAUAGAUCUAGACGAGGGAGUUAACUUUUUGGCAAUUCUGAACGCGGUUCUUAGAAGCUUGACAGCUAAUGAUUUAAGUCAUCGCAGAGACUUGUUAAACGCCUCCUACUGGAUCGCAUUGAGACAAGAGGUUUACUAUUCACUACUAAAAGGUUAUUCACCACAAAUAGUUGAGCCACCUGCAGAGUGGGUAGACAUAUCACCCGCAAACAAACUUGUGUCCCAUACGAACCAGGUUGCAAAGUGGCUUUUUAGUGAUAGAUCCGAAACGGGGUGGCGAAAUCUCAAAAAGCAGGAGGAAUAUUUGGACAAAUGCGUCACUGGUCGCUUCUCGCCUAUACUCUACCGACCCCCCAACAAGAUCUCUGGAGAGGUGUUUCCAACGGUGUGGUUCGCUUCGUCCAUUGCUCUCACAGGCAUGCAACACAUGAUGAUUGCAAGGAUGAUACUAAUUGCUGAAUCGCCAUUUCUUUCACAAGAAACAGAUGUCCGCGCCGCAUAUCGAGAAGCAGAAGGAAAGGUCAGGGCCCUAGUACUAGAGGUUUGUGGCACAGCAGUACAACAUUUGGAAACACAACCGGGCCUCAGAAGCUUUAAGAAGGACAGUGAGGAUGUUUAA